AGAAAAACGCAAGUUGAAUUUGUAAUAUAGCUGUAAUUUCGCUCAUCUUUGGAAAUUCUACAAAAAAAGUAUCACCAGAGAAAGUUUUGAUAAUAUUAGUAUUGGCAAAUGAAGUAAAAAUUGACCAGAAAUGCAAAGUGCAAACGCUUCGUCUAAGUAUAGUGAAGAGACAAGUUCUAAAGAAGAAAUGAACGAAUUGCGAAACGCACCAGAAUUGGCGGCUGAUGGUUCAGCAGAUGUUUUAGGAAAAGUUAAGGACGAAACAAAAGGUGAAAUCCUCAAACACGGUGAUGAGAAAAGUAUUCUUUUAGGAGCUGCGGAUUCAGACCAGGAUAUUUUAUUGCAGGUUGCCUACCUCUCCAAUAGGCAUGUUCUAGUCUUAAAAGAAGAGGAUGGUGAGAUCAUUACAAGAUUUAAUGCUUUCCUUAUACAAAAAGAGUUUGGGUCUUGGAUUGGUCUAAGCUGCCAUUCCGAAAGGGAUAUUGUAUAUAUCUGUGUAGCUGCCGCUAAAGGGAUAGUCAUUAUUCAAUUAAAUGAAGAUAAUAGUUGGCAAGUUAUUUUAACAAAGACAUUCUCAAUAUCAACGUCUUCUGAACUUACUUGCUUGGAUUGGAUUCAUGAAAAGAAUGCUAUAGCUUUUGGAACGAACUGCGGUAGAAUACAUUUUUUGGACGUAUUCCAAUCAUCAACCAUAUUUGAGAACUUUGGUAAAGGUUGGAUAAGAGCUAUUAAACAUUGUCCAUACGUCGUCAAAAAUCAACUUAUAGCUAUAUUAUGCAAUCGCGAUUCCAUUCAUAUAGUGAAAUUUCCGAAUCUUCAUACUUUCUUUUCAUUUAACAUUCCUGCAGUAGUUUGUUCAAUGUCUUGGAUUCCAAAGCUAACAACAAAGGAGAGCGUAGCGCAAUUGGUCACUACUUGUGAAAAUAAUACAUUGUAUGUAUGGAAAAUGUUCCAUCAUUCGCCAGAAUGCGAAUACAAUCUCCGUAACAAAAAAGGUCCUUGGUUUCCUUCUCUUGUUAUUCAUAACAAAGCUUACGGAUUUAUUAUACUUGUUGGAGAUGCGAAAAGAACUCUGUCUGGGUUUUCUUAUAGGUCAGGGAGUUUAAAGCCUAUUAAGGAUAUUGGUCGUUACUUACAUCAAUCUAAUCCAAUUAAAUUUAUUAUCUCAGCUGGAAAUAGAAUAAUAGUUAAUCGGAUGUUUGAUAAAAUAUCAUUUUUUGAUACAAAUGCCUUAAAGGAAACUAAUUCUCUUAUGACAUUCGCUGGAUUUCCAUAUGAUUAUAGCUAUUGCCCUAAGAAUCCAAGUAAAUUGGCAAUUGCCGGAGGAGAUGGUCAUAUAAGAAUUCUUAGAAUGAAUGAAACUCGGAACGAAAAGUUAGAGUCUAAGUGUCCUAUUAAAAAUAGAAUAAUAUCGAUUUCUUGGCAUCCUGAAGAGGAACAAUUUGUAAGUUUUUGUACUAGCGACAACAGAGUUGUACAAUAUAAUCUCAAAACGGAAAAAUCUAUUAUAAUUUACUUGGAACAAGAAACUAUCUGUAAUAUUGUUUCAUGGGCACCAUCCCAAGGGAAUAAAUCUAAGAAGAUUCCUCUAUUUUUCGCUAUCGAUGGUAUACUACAUUCUGUGCCAUUCAAAGAGCAAAAAUAUAAGAAUAUUAUGACCGAAUUUAGAGCUUCAGGCCUAGAUGAUGACACAGAAUUCAACUGUAAUUGUUUAGCAUGGAAGGACAGAGAUUAUUUGGCCAUCGGUAGUACUACUGGAUGUGUCUAUGUUUUCGAUUAUCCCGAACUAAAGUUUAGAGCAAAGUAUAAGACUCAUCGGCAAUGUAUAAACAGUAUUGCGUGGCAUCCUACAACCACUAGUCUUAAUGUAAAGUCACCGAACUCAUAUCUCCUUGGUUCGGCCAGCGAAGAUAAAACAAUAUGUAUAUACGAUCUUAAAGAUAUACUUGAAUCAUGUGGUGAGAAUGAUCCCAAAACAUUCACCGAGGCAAAAUAUAAAUUAGAUUUACACAACGCCGGAGUAAAUCAUUUAUCUUGGAGUAUUUGGGACGAAGCAAUGUUUGUCAGUAGUUCAGAUGAUAAAUCUGCGCAGGUGUGGCAACUUCAAGAAAAUAAUUUUGAACCAACUGCUAACUUUCGUACUAUGCCUGGCCAAGCCCUUUUCUCAGUAUUCAGUCAAACAUGUAAAAAUAUGAUAAUAACCAGUUCUACUGACUGCUUGUUAAGAUCUUGGAGACCAUCUCAACAAUCUCAUAGGAAUCCGCCCAACACCUUAGAAGCGUCUAAAUUGAAGAUUAAACCUCCAAAGCCAGUACCAGAGUCGAAGGAAGAGUCCGAAACGGGAGCACAGCCAGUAACCUCCACAAAAGAUGAAAAUCCACUUGAGAUUCAGGCUAGUGACGGCUUGGGAGAGAAGCCCGACGCUAAUACUCAAACGCAAGUCGACGAAGACUUCAUUUCUGAAUUGGAGAAUAUCGUGGGAAAACAGGCGAUAAUUGACGCAAAGAAGUAUCGAGAAUUACAACACAAAGAAGAGUUGGCUAAAGGAACAAAAGAAUUUAAAAUAGAGCCAAAAGUAAAAUUUAGGCUGAAAUCUCUAUUACCAGAGAGUGGAACGAAAGAAAAUAAUAGAUCAAGAGUUGCUAAUUUAGAAGACUGCAUUUAUUUGGCCAGAUGCAUUUAUUUGGGUGAAAAUUUACCGAAGCAAUUAAAAUAUCUGGGUCUUUAUUUAGAUAGACCAUUCGUUAUAGAAGCUCUAAGAGAAGAGAUUAAAUAUCACAUCAGUCAAAAGAACUGGGAUCAUCUUUGGGCACUUCAUGCUUUUAAAGGUACAUUGCCCCAAGCUGUAGCUUUUGCUCGUUCCAAAGAAAUUCCACGGGAAACUUUAAUGUUUUUGUCUUUAGUCAACUCCUCGAAAUGGUCUAGAACAGUUAUUAAUGAUUAUUGCAAAGAUCUGAACACUCAAGGUUCCUACUAUUUAGCAGCUGCAUUUCUCACAACAGCUGGUUUAGUGGAAGAAGCUGUUAAAACCUUAUAUAAACGAGGACUUUUCAAGGAUGCAAUAUGCCUGGGACGACUUCAAUGGUCGAAAAACAACUCGAAUUUUAUCAAUCUGAUAGAUAAUUACGCUCAACAAUUAAGGAAAGCAGAAAAAUACGAAUUGUCCGCAAAAUGUUAUAUAAGCUUGAAACGACCAGAAGAAGCGGCUUGUAUGCUGUCAAAAAUAGGAACAGUGACUUCAUUGAGAAUUGAAACUGUACUGUUUGGUUUGAGCGGCCAUGAGAAGCAAUAUGCAACAAGGAUAAAUUCCUUAACACAAAGUGUAAUGACGGAAUUCAAAUGGAAAGAAAUGCUUCAAGUUUACCAAGUUCUUCCUGAAAAAUGUUUUCCGCAUAUUAUGGUUGUUUCGUGCCAUGAAACUAUUUUAAAGGUUAUGCAUAGGGAAAAUGCUUUUAAAUUAAAUGAGAAAAAUUGUUCAUUUACUUUUGAAGUUGACGAAAAUAUAGCAGAUAUGACAACAUUUGGUUUGGAGGAGGGCAGUGGUUCGGAUGGAGAAGACAAAGGGUGCCUUCCGGCAAGACGUCUGUUGGUUGAUAAGGACGUACCAUUUAUUAUUCACGUCACAGCCAUAUGGAAGAGUUUAUGUAUCAGUUUCGACAAGCUUACCGAUGCAUAUACAAUUUUAAAUGAGCUGGCCAAAAGCAAGCAGGCGUUCGGAAAUGAAAAACAGACUCUGGCUGCCAUUGGACUCUACACAACCCUAACGAUAUUGGCCCUAUUAAGAGACGAUAAGCCUUCCGCUUUCUAUUGGGUUUUAGAAAGCGAACGCUGCUGUUAUAAAGCCGGCUGCACGCAAAUAUUGUCCGUUUUAAAUCGUUUGUUGUUUAUCAAAGGUUACGAAUUAUUUUUUGAUAUAAAAGAUUCGCUCUUGAAGAUUAUAAACGAACCAAUAACUAAAGAGAAUGAAUCAGAUUAUUUAAAUCCGGACGAAAACGCCAAAAUAAACCAAUUAAAAAAAGAAUUAUAUCCAUUUAUCGCUUUUACGAGUCUGCUCGAUGAAGACCAAAAAGAGGACUGUGACCAAAACGAACCGAUUUGGUUAAAGGGCAAUAAUCAGAACCAAUGCAUUAUUAAGGCUUUAUUAAAUAAGAGAGAUGGUAGACUAUCCGUCCUUAAGAAGUAUUUAACCCAAAUUGAGACAGCUAUUAGAAACCUUGUCCAUAUGCACAAGCAGCAAAACCAGAAUGUGAACGAUCAAGAUGAAUGUUUAACGGAUAGCGGGGCUAGUGAAUUUGAAAUUGAUAAAAAGGAGAAUGCUGACGAUAAGCUAAUUGACCAUACUAGAUACGAGCAUCUGGAGAAGAGCUCGACUGAGGUUAAUUCUGUCAAGGGGCGUAGUCAAGUUGAUAAUGAUCUAGAGGGUGCCGUAAAAAUUGAAAGCGGAAACGAUAAGGGAGGCGAGACGGAUGUAACGGUUGAAGAGAAGUUUAUUGGCGAAGGAAUGGACUAUGAUAACAAACCAGGUGUUGACGCUUUGAAGAAAAAUGAUACAGAUUACGCAAAACCUGAGGAAGUUGUUAGAACGAUUGAAGAUAAAAAUAAUGGUGAGAGUGUCAAAGCAGAGUGCUCUAAGAUCGACAAGUGUGAUAAAGAUGAAUUAAAAUUUGAACAAUUGCCUAAAACUAAUCGCGAAGAGGGUUCGAAUAACGGAGGUCGACCACCUGUCACUACAGAUAGCAUAGAUUCUUUAGCACGAAGAGAUAGCGCAAUGAAAGAUGAGAGUGCGAAUGAAUGUAAGACUGUACCAAAAGAAAAAAUACUAACAGAUGAUGUUAAAAGCGAGAAAAACUGCGAGAUGGAUAAGUGUCCAAUAAAAAUUGAAGAAAGGGAAUCGAAACCCUCGGGUGAGAAGACUACAAGCGAAAUUGAAGAUCAAACGACUACCGAAGUUGUUAAGCAAACGAAGUCCGGUGCUAUUGAUGAGAAUCUUGACGGAAACCUUAGCGGACUUCAAGAGCCUCAUCAAAGCGUAAAAGAAAAAAUUUCGUUCGAAAAAUACCUCGAAUCCUGCAAUUAUUUCUGUUUGUGCAACAACCAAAAGAAAUACGAAGAAGAAAUUGAGGAAUUAUUAAAGGAACCACUUGAAAGCAUUCCAGACUCUUUAACCAGUGCCACGAUUCUCGAGAGGCUUGCUCGAAAGUUUGGUGAUAGUCAACUGAUGGACAUUGUUGAAGCAUGGCAGAAGGAUGUUUAUCAUUUCGAUCAAAUUUAA